UUUGAGUUUUUGUUGACGUCGAUGCCCUCACAAAGGCCAAUGGUGACAGAGGAUCCUCAUUUCUUCCCAAAGCAAAAGGCCGCCGUGGUCAAAUGCGCCAUUGUUGUGGUGGCGUUGCCUCGUUACAGGUGCUGAUUGUGCAGUUUGGCGGCAAGCCCUUCAGCUGCGUGAGCCUGAGCGUGGAGCAGUGGCUCUGGUGCGUCUUCCUGGGCUUCGGCAGCCUCCUGUGGGGGCAGCUGGUGUCCAGCGUGCCCACCCGCUGGCUGAAGUUCCUGAAGACGGCGGGCCACGGCACCAAGCAGGAGGAGAUCCCCGAGGAGGAGCUGGAGGAGAUGAAGGAUCCCGACGAGAUCGACCACGCCGAGAUGGAGCUCAGGAGGGGCCAAGUGCUGUGGUGCAGAGGCCUGCAGCGCAUACAGACGCAGGUCACCCUCCCUCCCUUCCUUGCUUCCUUCCUUCCUUCCUGCCAAAGGUUUUCGGGGAAUGAAAAGAAAGCGCGACAAAGUUGGCAAACAAAAGUCCAGUGAGAG